CGUGUUUUUUGUGUCACGAGAGCGCAGCGCCAAAAAGCCACGUUUUGUUGAAGGUCCGCGCGCGUUUAUUCUGCAGCAGAAUCGAAGGGACGUUAAAGUUGAGUUGGGAUCUGUGACGGCUCUUCAUGGCAGUCAGAAGGGGACACAUUAGAUACUUAAAAGACGUAUAUGACAUGUCGAACGGUUACGAAGAUCACAUGGCCGAUGAGCUUAAAGACUCCAAAACAAACCUUAUCGUCAAUUACUUGCCUCAGAAUAUGAGCCAAGAUGAGCUUCGGAGUCUCUUCAGCAGCAUUGGGGAGGUGGAAUCUGCUAAACUUAUUCGUGACAAAGUAGCAGGCCACAGUUUAGGGUACGGAUUUGUUAACUAUCUUAACCCUAGUGAUGCUGAAAGAGCUAUCAGUACUCUCAAUGGACUGAGACUACAGUCUAAAACUAUCAAGGUGUCGUAUGCCAGGCCAAGCUCUGACACCAUUAAGGAUGCCAACCUCUACAUCAGCGGGCUGCCUAAAACAAUGACACAGAAGGAUGUAGAAGACAUGUUUGCACAUUAUGGCAAAAUAAUCAACUCCCGUGUGCUUGUCGAUCAAGCCUCAGGACUUUCUCGUGGUGUAGCCUUCAUUCGCUUUGACAAGAGAGCAGAGGCAGAGGAUGCAAUUAAGGACUUGAAUGGGCAGAAGCCACCAGGUGCUACCGAGCCCAUCACUGUAAAAUUCGCUGCCAACCCCAACCAAGCUAAAAACACACAAGUUAUUUCCCAGAUUUACCACACACCGUCUCGCCGCUUUGGGGGGCCAGUCCACCACCAGGCCCAGAGAUUCAGGUUUUCUCCUAUGAGUGUGGAUCAUAUGAGCAGCAUGUCUGGUGUUAACAUGCCUGGAAACUCCUCAUCAGGCUGGUGUAUUUUUAUCUACAACCUGGGCCAGGAUGCAGAUGAAGGCAUUCUCUGGCAGAUGUUUGGGCCCUUUGGAGCUGUCACAAAUGUCAAAGUGAUCCGCGACUUCAACACCAACAAGUGCAAAGGAUUCGGGUUUGUUACCAUGCCAAACUAUGAAGAGGCAGCCAUGGCUAUUGCCAGUCUCAAUGGCUAUCGGCUUGGGGACAAGAUUUUACAAGUGUCGUUCAAAACAAGCAAGUCACACAAGUAGAAAGCAUUGUUACCAGGCAAGUGAAGGAGAGAGGUCUCGUGUUUCCUGCAGUGCCAGAGAGGCUGGCAAAGUUUGAAAAAAGAAACUUAUUUUUAGUGUAAACUCUUUGCAAAUUUUCACGUUUCUCAGUCUCGUUUAGACAUCUGUUUGACAGUUUCUUUUUUUAAGAUUCAAGUUGUUGGAUGCUUCAAAUGCAAGUGUUUUUAGGCAUUCUGGUUGUCCCAACAUUUGACCAAUUCCAUAUUUGAUAAAAUAAUGUGUGUCUCAGUCAUUAGCCUAAUAAUGUUGCAAUGUGCCAUAUGUCUGGUCAAACCCUUCAUUCACCCACCAGAUGCUGGCUUUAAGACUCUUGAUUUUACAUUUAACAGUACCAGUCAACAUCUUGCAUUGCUCUUCAGUAUUUAUAAUGCCUUAAUUUUAUGUCUUUUUUCCUCUUUGCCCUCAAAUGUAGCACUUUUUGGUUUUGCAAGAAUAUCAUUCAGAUCUUGAAAUCUGAGUUUUAAAUCCAGCAUUCUGAGUGCUCAAUACAUUGAGGCAAUGGCAUAGGAAGCAGAGUGUCUGUAAAAUGUAAUAAGCCUUUGAUUAGUGAGGGGAAAGACUGGUCAAUCUUGUGUAAGGGACCCUCUGAGAAGACUAAGAAGGACCAAAGACAUAUGGAUGGAAGGUUUCGUUUCCCCAACAGAAGUGCAGGUUGUACAUCCCUAAGCAUAUUCCAAAUAUAUUUGGACAUCAGAAUACUUGGUACUGAGUAUUUAUGUAAAAAUGUAAUCACAUUUGAGCAUCAGCAUCUUAUGUUUCAGGUUUGCUUUUUAGUUUGUUUUUUUGUUUGUUUGUUUUUCCUCCUGGCAAAACAUACUUUAAGUUUAGGUUGGUUAUUUGAAAACAGAUACCAGUACUAAUCCACAUGCUUUUUAAGACUGCCUAGUGAUUAUUAUUUUGUGUUUUUGUUCUUUUUCUUUUUUGCUUUUGUGUUUCCUUAUGGAACCUUUCAUUUUCAUUGUUUCACAUGGCAUUUACAAUCAUUAAAUUUUUUUUGUUUUGAACUUUGUUUUGUUUCCUUUUUUUCUUAAUUUAUCUUUUAGUUUAAUGAGUUUUUUUAAUUUAUCUAUUUAGAGGCACAGUACAAUACAUUUCCAUAUUUACAGAUGCAUUCGGGGCGGUCAGCGAUUUUUAUCUGCCAGUCACUGUAGUCCACUCAAGAGGAUCUCACUAGAGGAAUACUACAUUACCAUAAUUUAUUAUUUUAAUUGAGUAUUUAAGUAUUUAACUUGUGUGCUUUCAAGGCAUUGGACCAAAUUGUAAAGAUACCACUUGGCUAUCUGACAUUGGUUGACUUCAUAUUUAAUUUGGUCAAUGGAGUGUCAUGAUUUUGUUCACUUGGUAAUGUGGUAAAGGUAGAAAGAGGAACACAGACUCCUGGAAAUGUGAAAAGUGAAGUUAUCUUCAAACUGUUGUCCAUAGAUUGUACAGCCAUAUCCCUCUAAUCCCUUCAGUUUUUACUCCUAAGGUCUUCCAGCAGCACAUAAAACCCUACAUAUAGUUUUGCCUGCAGCCGAGUGAAAUUUGUGAAUAUUCCAAGAUGUGUCUCAUAAGAGCCCAGACAGUUUUUUUGCUCCCUCUGGUACAAGACUUAAGGUUGGUAUUGUGUGUGCGCUUAUAUUUAUAUUUUUGGUGACUCAUCUUAAUUGGCCUGUACAGCUAUACACUAUAUUCAAUCUUCAGAAUUGUUAUACUGAGCAGCAAUUUACAACACUUGGAUGAACCAGCAUCACCUGUUACGUUAGAAAUGGUUCAUGUGAACUUAUUAGCAGCUUAGUAGAGUAAAGCUUUCGUUUCUUCUGUCAUCACUUUCGGUUACGUGUCAUUGGUAAAAAAUGUAAACAAAAUAAAUAAAUAAUAAAAAAAACGCUUAACCAUUGCAUUCUCUUAAAGUGGAUGUUUUGGCAUAAUAUGUGCAAUACUGCAAAAUCAUUAGUAAUAAAAGUUAAAGAACAUCAAACUUUUACAUGUUCAUCUUUCUGAUAACCUGAUGUUUUUAAGAUUAAACUGGCCCAUGAAUGCACUGAGAUGCCAGUUUAAGAAUAUCAUGUAGAAUGUACCUGCUGGUUGAUAUUUUAAGCCUUAAUUUAUGUUGGAAAUACUGGAAGAUUACUAAAUGGGAGAAUUAUUUAUUUAGCACAUUGUGUAUGGUUUUAUGUGUUGAUAUUUAUGAGUGAUUUAUUUUUUUUAUCAAGUACUUUGAUUCUACAGCAAAAGACAUCUGUUUUGAGGUACUGUCUAACAUGUAGUUGUGAAAUAAAAUAUCAGGCAUCGUUGCAAAAUUGGAAAA